AUGGAUAUUAUCUUAGGUAUCAAAGUUCAAGAUUCAGUAAUUAUCGCCACUUCAAAGGCUGCUACUAGAGGUAUUUCAGUUUUACAAGCCAAUGAUGACAAAACAAGAGCUCUAAGCAAGCAUUCUUUAAUUGCUUACACUGGUGAAUCCGGUGACACAGUCCAAUUUGCAGAAUACAUUCAAGCUAAUAUACAACUAUAUGGAAUCCGUGAGAACUAUGAGCUAAGUCCUAAGGCAAUUGCAAGCUUCACCAGAAAUGAAUUGGCAAAAUCUUUAAGAUCAAGAAAACCAUACCAAGUUAAUGUUUUAAUCGCUGGUUACGAUGACAAGAAAGAAGAACCAUCAUUAAAUUGGAUAGACUACUUAGGAACAAAUGUUGAAUUGCCAUAUGCUGCGCAUGGUUACGCUGCUUUCUAUACUUUUUCAUUAUUAGAUCGUCAUUAUAGACCAGAUUUCACAGAAGAAGAAGGUUUGGACUUGUUGAAACAAUGUCUCAAAGAAUUAGAGACAAGAAUGCCAAUUGAUUUUAAAGGAGUUUUCGUCAAAGUUGUCAGUAAAGAUGGUAUAAAAGAUGUUGAUAUCUAA